CAAAGAGAACAUCAUGCAUUAAUAUGUAGGCUGCAAAAACAGAAAGGGACAUAAAAGUCAUAAAAAGGAUUUGUAGCCGAAAUACAUUUUACCUACUAUUUUUUAUUUAUCAGGUUCAUGAUCAAUGAGAGACAGUUUUUUUUAUGUUGUCACUCAAUGAGACAACACAUCUCACUGUCAAACAGUGAGAUGUGUUCAGGAGGAGUUAUUUGAUGCACACACACACACACACACACACUCACAAACUAACACAAAAACACAUUCCAACACACACACUCUCUGGGUGAACUGAGGAAUCCGUGUGCUCUCCUCUCACUCCUCACUCGGCUCAUCAUGGAGCUACUCCACUUUGCUCUCGUCGUUGCAGUCGCCGCCUGCACAGUGAAAGUUUCUCAUCAGGGACCAAACCAGCGGAGACUGAUCAAAGAACUGAUGACUUCAUACAACCGACUGGAGAGACCGGUCCUCAAUGAUAGUCAUACACUCACUGUGAGCCUCGGCCUCAGCCUCAUGCAGAUCAUCGAUGUGGAUGAGAAGAACCAGGUUUUAACCACCAACAUUUGGCUACAGCUGCGCUGGGAUGAUAAUUACCUCCAGUGGAAUCCAGAGGAGUAUCCAGGGGUGACCAAUAUGAGAUUUCCAGAAAAUCUCAUUUGGAAGCCCGACAUUCUGCUCUAUAACAGUGCAGACGAGAGGUUCGAUGCCACGUUCCACACCAACAUCUUGGUCAACUCCACGGGGAGUUGCAACUACAUACCUCCAGGGAUCUUCAAGAGCACCUGCAGCAUCGACGUGCGCUGGUUCCCCUUUGACGUGCAGAGAUGUGAACUGAAGUUCGGCUCCUGGACGCACGGGGCCUGGUCGCUGGACUUGAAGAUGGUGGAGCCAGAUAUCAGCAGCUACACCCCCAACGGAGAGUGGGAUCUCGUUGAGGUUACGGGAAAGAAGAGCGAUCACGUCUACGAGUGCUGUCCGGAGCCGUACCCCGACAUCACCUUCACCCUGGUGAUGAGGAGACGGACGCUCUACUACGGCCUCAACCUGCUCAUCCCCUGUGUCCUGAUCUCCACUAUGGCUCUGCUCGUCUUCCUCCUGCCUGCUGACUCUGGAGAGAAGAUCUCACUGGGCAUCACCGUGCUGCUCUCCCUGACUGUCUUCAUGCUGCUGGUUGCAGAGAUUAUGCCUCCCACAUCCGACUCAGUGCCUUUGAUAGCUCAGUACUUUGCCACGACCCUGGUCAUCGUCGGCGUCUCGGUCAUCGCUACGGUUCUGGUUUUACAGUUUCAUCACCAUGACCCCAACGGAAGCAAAAUGCCGAAAUGGACCCGUGUGUUCCUGCUGAACUGGUGCGCCUGGUUCCUGCGCAUGAAGCGUCCUGGCGAGGAUCGAGUCCACUCAGCCUGUCACAACAAGGCCCAGCGGAGCAGCCUGAGCAGCAUGGAGCUCAAUGCCAGCACCCCGGCCUCCCAGGCCACCAACAGCAAAAUCCUCUAUGCAGGUGAGGAAGCAAAGCUCCUCCCCAAAGCUCAGGGCCCCUCGGUGGGCGGCGUAGAACCAGAGCUGGCCAAGAUCCUGGAAGAGGUGCAUUAUAUCGCCAAGCGCUUCCACGACCAAGACGAGAAUGAGUCGGUGUGCAACGAGUGGAAAUUUGCCGCGGCUGUGAUUGACAGGCUUUGUCUCAUGGCUUUCUCAAUCGUCAUAAUCCUCUGCACCAUCGGAAUCCUCAUGUCUGCACCCAACUUUGCCGAGGCCAUUUCUAAGGACUUCUGAAACUAAGGGCCUUUGAAAACACAGUAGAUGCCUGAUUGGAAGUUAGAAUUUAAACCAAUCACAACUGUCACAGACGAUCAAUUUGUAAACUCAUGAGGCAGAAAUCUGGAUUCAGUCACGUUGUACACGACCAAACAUUUAACUCAAUUAAGGGCUUGGCGGAAAAAGGUAGCUUUUGCCUUUUAUAUAACAAUAUACAAUUAUAUAUAUAUAUACACAAGUUAACAUUGACUGAAAAACAAUUAUACUGCAUAUCAUAGUGUGAGUAAUGUUGUUUGCUGACUGACAGAGAUUGCAAAUGUGGUUUGUUAUGGGAUGUUACCUGUGUAUUCGUCAUAAUGGGUCUAUACUACGAUGCUAAAAUAUAUUCCAUGUAUGAAAUGUAACAGAUACAAUAUCCUGCAUUGAAAUAAAUCAGUGGUUGCACAUGAAUACUCCUAUAUUCAAAUACUUUUCUAUAAAGACAAAUUAUUGUUGAUUAUCACGAUAAGCAUAACCACAAUCCUAAGUUUAACCAUCCUCCUAUUACACAUGUUUCUUCCUUAUGAGGAUAAUUAAAAAAUGUAUCAACAGCUGUACUGUGAUAUUAAACAAAUAAAUGUAUUCUUUUUAUUUUAA